AUGGCAUGCCCUUUCAGUAACCCGAGAAACCUCUUCGACGACCUCGCCACGGCCCGAGAAACACCUAGUAUAGAAUACAGCGAGAAACUCGGAGGCUAUGUUAUUUCUCGGUACGACGAUAUAGUCUCAGUUCUAGAUAACCCCGGUGCUUUCAGCUCAAGGCCCACCGUACCCGAUUUCCCACCACAGGUUAAGCAAAUCUUCGCAAACAAGGUCCCGGAAAGGGGGACUUUGCUCGCGUAUGACAAUCCUGAUCAUGAUAGGCUGAGAAUGAGCGUAGCAUCUUUCUUCGUGCCUAGAAGACUAGAGCGUUUUGAGCCUUUGUUAAGAGCAACAGCUCAUGAUCUGAUAGACGGGUUUGUCGAAAAGGGUUGUGCUGAUAUCAAGAGCAACUUUGCACUUCCAUUACCCCUACGGACUAUCGUCAUAGUUUCUGGUCUAGACCCAUCGCGAUGGCAAUGGAUUGGGAGAUGUCUCGCUCUGUUCGGUGGGAUUACACAAACGAACGAGGAGUUGAGCAUUGAGCAGCGAGUUCAAGAUGUAUUAGAUCUUCACGAAUAUGUUGCUCAAGUCAUCCAACAGCGCAAAACAGACAGAAGAGACGACCUGAUCAGUCAUAUCUGGAAUGAAAGAGACGCUGGAGUGGUCGAGAUGACAGACUAUGAGCAUCUCAGCAUGAUUCCAGGACUUCUCUUGGCUGGACAUGAAACAACUACCAACCUCCUCUCAAUGGGGAUAUCGCAUCUAUUACAUCACAAUCUAUGGGAUGCCGCCACAAAAGAUGAAGAGGCGAGAAAAUCUGCGAUCGAAGAACUUCUUCGAUAUGAGUCUGCUAUUACCGGAAUGGAACGCCUCGUUAAAGAAGAGUCCAAGAUCGGAGAUCACACUGUCCAGCCUGGCGAGAAGCUCUUCGUUGCAUAUAAUUCAGGAAGUCGAGACACCACAAAAUUUGACAAUCCCGAUAAACUGGACUUGAAUAGACAGCAUAAGCACCAGCACCUUGGUUUUGGACGCGGCAUUCAUGCUUGUCUUGGUGCACCUUUUGCACGGCUUCUUCUCCGAACAGAACUUGCGGUGCUGAAGGAGAGACUGCGAAACCUGAGGCUCAAGACACCAUAUGAAGAGAUUCAGUACUGUAGGGUUCAUGCCGGUCGUGGACCAGAAAGAGUCGAGAUACAAUGGGAUGUGCAGUUUCGGGAUGAGUUGCGCGUCAACGUUGGCCACGCCAAUGUCAACUCCACGCUUCGGGCAUCUGCAAAAACAGAAGAGUUGGAGUUGGUCGUUAGAAAUGUCGAGAAAGUUGCAGAGAGGAUAAUUCGCCUGACACUCUGUCCCAAAAAUGAUGGAAAGGUACCAAAAUGGUCUCCUGGGUCACACAUCGACGUCCAAGCUGGCACUAUUGGCUAUCGUCAAUAUUCUAUAUGCUCAAAACCUUCCGAAGAUCAGCACAUAAAAAUAGCGGUACUUCAAGAGAACGGUACUGGUGCUUCGAAUUGGAUCCAUCAAAAUGCCACAAAGGGAAGCCAGAUGUUAAUUCGUGGACCGCGCAACCACUUCAGUCUUGAGUUUGGUUCCCGCAAGACAAUAUUCAUCGCUGGAGGUAUCGGAGUCACUCCGAUCAUACCAAUGACCGAAGCUGCGAAAGAGUCUGGUGUUGACUACUCCAUUCUGUACCUCGGCCGCUCGAAGAACAACCUUGCAUUUGUGAGCGAGUUGACAGAGGAACAUGGCGAUCGCUUCACACUUUGGGUCAGCCAAGACCACGGUGGUAAAAGAUUUGACCUGAAAUCCUACCUGCAGCAAGAAGACCUCCUCGAUCUACGAGUAUACUGUUGCGGUCCAGAGGCUCUCCUAACAGGGGUCGAGGAAGCCCUGGCAGACGCACCACCAGGAGUUCUACGACUCGAGCGCUUCGCGGUACAUAGUACUGGAAACACGAAGCCAAAUACUUCGUUCGACGUUGUUUUGGCGCGCAGUAACAAGAUUCUGCGAGUACAGGAGGAUAAAUCGGUUCUAGAGGUGAUCAAUGAAGCAGGUGCUGGAGUGCUCUCGACGUGUAGGACUGGAGUGUGUGGAACUUGUGAAGUGAGAGUUCUUGACGGGCUUGUUGAUCAUCGAGAUGUGGUUCUUACGCAUUCCGAGAAAGCGGAGGGGAAGAGUAUGAUGCCGUGUGUUUCGAGAUGUCUUGGGAAGAAGUUGACAUUGGAUCUUUGGUAG